AUGAGUUACGGCGGUGGUUACAGGGGCCGCAGAAGUGGUCACUACGAUUCCCGUCGUGAUGACCGCCGACCCCCAGAGACUGAGAGCCAAAAGCUACGAAAUUUAAUUCUGAAGUUCGGUGAAGGCUCUGAGUUUCACCCUUCAUCUGAGCUGCCUGUCAUUGCCCAGGCACUACGGGCAGGAUUUGCUCAGAAUGCUCCGGGGAUUGUAGAAGGAUUUCGAAUGGCCAUAAUCGAGCAACCUUACAAGACCCUUUACCUGGCCGCAUUACUUACUCUCCUGUCGUCUAAGUCUACUGCUCAGACUGAAGGGUCAAAUUCUGACCCCGCGCAGGUGGUUUUCGAUGAAUUAUGCAAGUCUUUUCAAACAACUCUUGAUAAACUUGAGUGGAGACAAAUUCGUCUAUAUACACACUUCUUCGCAUGUCUUACGCUUUCCAAGGCGGUCUCGCCUUCUUCUUUUCUCGACCUGCUCCAGUCGUUUCUCGUCGUACUCGACGAGCCUGGUGUUUCGUACGAACGUUUGCACGCUGCAGCGGCCUGCGCCGGUGAAGGUCUUAUGAGGGCGGGCCCUGCCCUUUACUCCUUCAACCCGAUAGCAGUAGAUGCCAUCAUAUCUACCAUCAACAGCUCUGGGGAACCACAUGCCCCCCAACGGACUAUAAGUCGCCCCAUACUGGACCCAAAUCCUCUUGUUCUCCCUGAGGCAGACGUGUAUCUCACAUCUCUUGUUGGUGCUCUAACAUCUUUGCGCGACAAAUCCUUUGAAGCACUACCAGAAUGUUUACCGCAACCUCACACACUCUUCCCCGAGCCCACGAAACUCCUUGACAUUCCUCCUUCCUUGGUGCCUCCUGAAGAGAUUGAUUUUGAUCGUGCAGUAGAUGAAGAACUUAAACGGAAAGAGCUUAUGCCCGCAAUCAGUAUUCGGAUGUUCGGAAAUGACGUCACACCGGAUCCAUCGUCUCCAGCCGGAUUCAUGAUCCGCUCCGGUCUUUCAGAUGUCAUCAACAUUUUCGAAGUCAAUAGGAAGGAAUGCGCCCGGAUUUUGUUGGAAAUGCCGCGUUGGUUUGUAUGGGGCACUUUUAGAGGGAAAUCUAGUAAUUUUGUCCGAGCUUACCUUACUGCCUCUUCCCCCCAAACGAUAGUUUACUACUUUGCACUGGUCACGGAUCUGUGCAAACUGUCCCCACAAACUGUCGGCCCCGCCGUAGGCAAGUCCUUCAGGAAAUUGUACGCUUUUCUGGGUAAUGGGCUGGACGUGGAGAUAUCGAGGCGUUACUGCGAAUGGUUCGCAAUGCACAUGAGUAACUUUGGCUUCAACUGGGUUUGGAAAGAAUGGAUUCCGGACCUAGAACUGCCUUUGUAUCAUCCUAAGCGCGUGUUUAUCCGUCGCGUCAUCGCUUUGGAAAUUCGUCUGGCGUAUUACGACCGAAUCCUCAAAACCCUCCCUGAACCCUUUACAACUCUUGAAGCCAGAUGCAUUCCAGACGAGGCCCCUGGACCUGAGUUUGAAUACGAGAACCAACAGCAUCCGUACUACGAGCCUGCGCAGUCACUGUUGAACCUGAUACGCGGUCGCUCACAGAUCGAAGAAGUCGUUCAGUUCGCAGAGUCGAUGCGAUCCAAUCUCUCGGAAACCGUUACACUGGCGGAUGGCGCGACGUCGGACUCUGUCGUCCGUUCCAUCACAAUGCAAAUCCUCCUCCAUGUCGGCUCCCGAUCGUUUUCCCAUUUCUUGAAUGCGAUUGAAAGAUACCUUCCACUGCUGCGUUCGCUAGGCUCUGACCCCCAGGAUAAGCUCGAUUUUUUGAAUGCAGCUGCUUCGUUCUGGCACAGAAAUGGCCAGAUGAUUGGCAUUGUGUUCGAUAAGCUUAUGCAAUAUCAGAUUGUGGACCCCACCGACAUUAUUGGAUGGUGUUUUGACAAUGCGGAGCGGAGGAAAAGGGACGAUGACGGUACGGGUUCACCAGGAACGCUCUCCUUCCGAGAAUGGGAUUUGGUGAAGGCCGCGCUUGACAAGGCCAUCGGUCGAGUUGCGAUUGCACAAAACCGCGUGCAGCUACUGCGCAAGGAGGAAGAGGAAGCGAAGGCGAAACUAACUGCUGGACAGACCCGCGUAGAUGAUGAUGGCAUGGAAGUUGAUACAAACGGGGUUGGUCGAGCUGUUUUCGAGAAUCUCAACACUGCCCUUAAAGCGCGCUCAAUUCUCACGCGUGAGCAGAAGGCAGCUCUCGCUCGCAUCCUUGAUGGUUUCGUUUCGUCGCUUGUGCUGCAGGCCACUGUGGGUCAACUGGACACGCUAAAACCAGGUCAUUGGGAUCUCCGAGAACAAUGGACACAGGCGCAAUGGCAGUACUGGGAGACAUUUGGGUGGUAUCGCCAUUUUUGCAGAAACUACCUUGCUCAGCUCAAGUCGUACACUGUCACUCUUGAGUCCGGUCCUCUUGCAAAAGCAACAGUGACCGGAGACCGGGCUGCUGCAGGCACCCUUAUGAUGAGCGUCUGGAAUGUCGCUCUCGGCCGGGGCCAUUCAUGA